AUGUCAACUGCUAAUGACACCAAAUCCAUGGUUGCAGUUUUCCUUCUCACUGGGAUACCAGAGCACGAAGACGUCCAUAUCUGGAUCGCUAUCCCCUUGUGCUUUAUUUAUGCCAUAUUGAUAAUGGGAAAUACAGGUAUUCUGUUCAUUAUAAAAACAGACCCAAGCCUCCAUGAGCCCAUGUACAUUUUCCUCUCCAUGUUGGCCAUCACAGACCUUGGCUUAUCCAUAACCACUAUGCCGACAACACUGGGUGUUUUCUUGUUUCACUCUCGGGAGAUUAGCCUCAAUGCCUGUUUUGCCCAGUUGUUCUUCAUCCAUUCGCUUUCAUACAUUGAAUCCUCUGUGCUCCUGUCGAUGGCCUUUGACCGCUUCAUUGCGAUCCGUGACCCACUGAGAUACACUUCCAUCUUAACCGCACCAAGAAUGGCCAAGAUGGGACAGGUGUUUGUGCUAAGAGGGGUGGCUUUAGCAUUUCCAUAUCCAUUUCUCCUAAAACGCUACCGAUACUGUCGAGCCAAUGUCCUCUCCCAUUCCUACUGUGUGCACAAUGAGGUCAUGAAGCUGGCUUGUGCAGACAUCACAGUCAACAAUAUCUAUGGCUUAUUCAUAAUGCUCUCCACGGUGGGGUUGGACUCUUUGCUCAUCCUCCUCUCAUAUGUGAUGAUCUUCAAAAUGGUGAUGAGCGUCACAUCGCAUGCGGAGUGCGUCCGGGCCCUGAACACCUGUGUCUCCCACCUCUGCGCCGUCCUGCUCUUCUACACACCAAUGAUUGGUCUUUCUAUGAUACACAGAUUUGGAAAUAGCUCUUCUCACUGGCUUCAGAUUCUCCUCGGAUUCAUAUAUCUGCUGGUUCCACCCCUAAUGAACCCGAUCGUGUAUAGCGUGAAAAGCAAAAAUCUGCGCAUGAGGAUAAUCAAGCUGUUUGUCAAGUGA